AUGGCUUUAGCCGGGCUCUGCGCCCUGCUCGCCUGCUGCUGGGGGCCGGCGGCGGUGCUGGCUACGGCCGCCGGCGACGUGGACCCAUCCAAGGAGCUGGAGUGCAAGCUCAAGAGCAUCACGGUGUCGGCGCUGCCCUUCCUGCGCGAGAACGACCUGAGCAUCAUGCACAGCCCCUCGGCCUCCGAGCCCAAGCUCCUCUUCUCGGUGCGCAACGACUUCCCGGGAGAAAUGGUCGUGGUGGACGACCUGGAAAACACGGAGCUGCCCUACUUCGUGCUGGAGAUCUCAGGGAACACAGAGGACAUCCCUCUGGUGCGCUGGAGACAGCAAUGGCUGGAGAACGGCACUUUGCUUUUUCACAUUCAUCACCAAGAUGGUGCCCCCAGUCUCCCUGGACAAGACCCAACGGAAGAACCCCAACAUGAGUCAGCAGAAGAGGAACUGAGGAUCCUGCAUAUCUCAGUCAUGGGUGGCAUGAUUGCUCUGCUGCUGUCCAUCUUGUGCCUGGUGAUGAUCCUAUACACUCGCCGGCGCUGGUGCAAGCGCCGCAGGGUGCCCCAGCCCCAGAAGAGUGCCAGUGCCGAGGCGGCCAACGAGAUUCACUACAUUCCCUCUGUGCUGAUCGGCGGGCACGGACGGGAGAGUCUGCGCAAUGCCCGCGUGCAGGGCCACAACUCCAGUGGCACCCUGAGCAUCCGGGAGACCCCCAUCCUGGACGGCUAUGAGUACGACAUCACAGACCUGCGCCACCACCUGCAGAGGGAGUGCAUGAACGGAGGGGAGGACUUCGCCAGCCAGGUCACCCGCACCCUGGACUCCCUGCAGGGCUGCAACGAAAAGGCAGGGAUGGACCUCACCCCAGGAAGCGACAAUGCCAAGCUAUCGCUGAUGAACAAGUACAAGGAUAACAUCAUUGCCACCAGCCCCGUGGACUCCAACCACCAGCAGGCCACUCUGCUCUCGCAUACCUCCAGCAGCCAGAGAAAGCGGAUCAACAACAAGGCAAGAGCUGGUUCUGCCUUCCUGAACCCUGAAGGAGAUUCUGGCCCCGAGACAGAAAACGACCCCCAGCUGACCUUCUACACCGACCCCUCGCGGAGCCGGAGGCGCAGCAGAGUGGGCUCUCCCCGAAGUCCUGUGAAUAAGACCACCUUGACGCUGAUCAGCAUCACCAGCUGUGUGAUCGGCCUCGUGUGCUCCUCCCAUGUCAGCUGCCCCCUCGUUGUCAAAAUCACCCUGCACGUCCCCGAGCACCUGAUCGCCGAUGGGAGCCGCUUCAUCCUGCUGGAGGGGAGCCAGCUGGAUGCCAGUGACUGGUUGAACCCAGCUCAAGUGGUGCUCUUCUCUCAACAGAACUCCAGUGGGCCCUGGGCCAUGGACCUCUGUGCCCGGCGGCUCCUGGACCCCUGUGAACACCAAUGUGACCCCGAAACUGGUAGGCAGGAGCACCGGGCAGCGGGGGAAUGCCUCUGCUACGAAGGUUACAUGAAGGAUCCAGUACACAAGCACCUUUGCAUUCGGAAUGAAUGGGGCACAAACCAGGGGCCUUGGCCUUACACAAUAUUUCAGCGGGGCUUUGACCUGGUUCUGGGAGAACAGCCUUCUGAUAAAAUAUUCAGAUUCACCUACACCCUUGGGGAGGGCAUGUGGCUGCCCCUCAGCAAGAGCUUUGUGAUCCCACCGGCUGAACUGGCCAUUAACCCUUCCGCGAAGUGUAAGACGGACAUGACAGUGAUGGAGGAUGCUGUGGAGGUCAGAGAGGAGCUGAUGACCUCGUCCUCCUUUGACAGCCUGGAGGUUCUGCUGGAUUCCUUUGGGCCAGUGCGCGACUGCAGCAAGGAUAACGGGGGCUGCAGUAAGAACUUCCGCUGCAUCUCAGACCGCAAGCUGGACUCCACUGGUUGUGUGUGCCCGUCCGGACUGAGCCCCAUGAAGGACAGCUCUGGCUGCUAUGACCGCCACAUUGGGGUGGACUGUUCAGACGGCUUCAACGGCGGCUGCGAGCAGCUGUGUCUCCAGCAGAUGGCGCCCUUCCCGGACGACCCCGCCUUGUACAACAUCCUCAUGUUCUGCGGGUGCAUCGAGGAUUACAAGCUCGGUUUGGAUGGUCGCUCUUGCCAACUCAUCAUGGAGACCUGCCCGGAGGGAGGAGACUGUGGGGAAAGCAGGGAGGUUCCCAUGAACCAGACCCUCUUUGGGGAGAUGUUCUUUGGUUACAACAACCAUUCCAAGGAAGUGGCUGCAGGACAAGUGCUGAAAGGAACAUUCAGGCAAAACAACUUUGCUCGAGGUUUAGACCAGCAACUGCCAGAUGGUCUUGUGGUGGCCACUGUCCCCCUGGAGAAUCAGUGCCUGGAGGAAAUCUCGGAGCCCACCCCCGACCCCGAGUUCCUGACUGGGAUGGUGAACUUCAGUGAGGUGUCUGGAUACCCCGUGUUGCAGCACUGGAAGGUCCGGUCUGUGAUGUACCACAUCAAACUCAACCAAGUGGCGGUCUCUCAGGCCCUCAGCAAUGCGCUCCACUCCCUGGAUGGGUCUACAUCGCGUGGGGAUUUUGUGGCCUUGUUGGACCAGUUUGGCAACCAUUACAUCCAGGAAGCUAUCUAUGGCUUUGAGGAGUCCUGUUCCAUCUGGUACCCAAACAAGCAGGUGCAGCGGCGACUCUGGCUGGAGUAUGAGGACAUCAGCAAAGGCAACUCCCCAUCCGACGAGUCAGAGGAGCGGGAAAGAGACCCGAAGGUGCUGACGUUCCCAGAAUACAUCGCCAGCCUGUCAGAGUCUGGCACCAAGCGCAUGGCGGCAGGAGUCCGCAUGGAAUGCCAGAGCAAAGGACGAUGCCCCUCAUCCUGCCCCCUGUGUCAUGUGACAUCCAGCCCUGACACUCCUGCUGAGCCAGUUCUGCUGGAGGUGACCAGAGCAGCCCCCAUCUAUGAACUGGUGACCAACAACCAGACCCAGAGGCUCUUGCAGGAGGCCACCAUGAGCUCACUCUGGUGCUCAGGGACUGGAGAUGUCAUCGAGGACUGGUGUCGAUGCGACUCCACAGCUUUUGGAGCGGAUGGACUCCCCACCUGUGCACCUCUCCCACAGCCUGUGCUGAGACUCUCCACAGUUCAUGAGCCCAGCAGCACCCUCGUGGUCCUAGAGUGGGAACACUCAGAGCCUCCAAUCGGGGUGCAGAUUGUAGAUUACCUCAUCCGUCAGGAAAAGGUCACUGACAGGAUGGACCACUCCAAAGUGGAGACAGAAACAGUACUGAGCUUUGUGGACGACAUCAUCUCUGGAGCAAAGUCUCCUUGUGCCAUGCCUGCUCAGGUGCCAGACAAGCAGCUCACCACUAUCUCUCUGAUCAUUCGAUGCCUGGAACCGGACACCAUCUACAUGUUCACCCUGUGGGGAGUGGACAACACCGGACGGCGCUCCAGGCCCAGCGACGUGAUCGUGAAGACCCCCUGCCCUGUGGUGGAUGAUGUCAAGGCCCAGGAAAUAGCAGACAAGAUCUACAAUCUCUUCAAUGGCUAUACCAGUGGGAAGGAGCAACAGACGGCCUAUAACACCCUCCUGGAUCUGGGUUCCCCUACCCUACAUCGAGUCCUCUACCACUAUAACCAGCACUAUGAGAGUUUUGGAGAAUUCACCUGGCGGUGUGAGGACGAAUUAGGCCCCAGGAAAGCUGGCCUCAUCCUUUCCCAGCUGGGGGAGCUCAGCAGUUGGUGCAAUGGCCUCCUUCAGGAACCCAAGAUAAGUUUGCGACGAGGCUCCCUUAAGUACCUGGGCUGCCGCUACAGCGAGAUCAAGCCCUAUGGACUCGACUGGUCAGAGCUCAGCCGGGACCUCAGGAAGACAUGUGAAGAGCAGACCCUGAGCGUCCCUUACAACGACUAUGGGGACAGCAAAGACAUCUAGCACCACGAGGCCAGACGUGGCUGCCAAAAGGAAGCAGGAAGCGAGGAGAGGAACAUCUGGGUUGGUCUGUGGAUUUUUAGUAUUUUUUAA